UGGCCAUCCACAAGCUUUUAUUGCUUCCCUCUUAAUCUCAGUUCUUCUUCUUCAACUCGCCGAAGCUGACCAGAUGGGAGUUGGAAAUGCAGGAGACAACUCGAAGCUUCCGAAAAUGGACUGCGGCGGAGCGUGUGUCGCCAGGUGUCAGCUGUCAUCGAGGCCUCGCCUUUGCCAGAGGGCUUGCGGGACAUGCUGUGCCCGUUGCAACUGCGUCCCUCCGGGCACCUCCGGCAACCUCGACGUCUGUCCGUGCUAUGCCAACAUGACCACCCGUGACAACAAGCACAAGUGCCCAUGAGAUGCUCGAUGGGCUUCGUUUUCUUUCCAAUGGUCGGACAUCGAUCGCUCAAGCUUGUUGCUGCUAAUUUAAGGGACGCUGUUGUCGUACUAAU